GGUAGUGGCAGCAUUAUGAUCAUUACAAGCAAACCUACCUUGAUCAGGACCAUCUGUUUCUAUCAGCAACAGCAAUCCAGACACCUGAAACCCUCGGUCUGCAGUCAAUGUGGUAACCUGGAUGGUGACCUGCCCUGCACUGACGAAGAGAUCUUUGAGGCAGACAGCUCUCAGUGUCACGAUGACACUCCUUACUGCAUGAACGACAUCAUCCAGACAAACGGCCAGAUGAGGAUGUACAAACGAUGUGUCAACGAAACAAUCUGUAAUUCAGAGUGGUACAUGGAGUCUUCAGACAAACAGCAGUGUACUCAAUUUGAUCCUUCAAUCUAUAAAGACGACCUGGUAUGCCAUCUGUGCUGCUAUGGAGAUGAUUGCAAUGCUAAUAAUGUACCACCAGCAGAGAAAUUGUACAAGCCCUGAAAAUAUGAAGACAAAAUGUGUGCUCACUUGGACCAUGUUGAAGUUUCUGUCUUCCCUUAAAAUGUACAGGUUCUGAAAUAAAGAAAAGUAUCUUGAUUAAAGGCUUUUCUUAAAUGGAUUUCUGUUAUGCUGUAUGAUACUUCCUAGUAUUUCCUGACCUACUUGGUGAGAUCGGUAAUAUCAAUGCCAUGCCACGAACAGAGAAACUGUACAAACCCUAAAAAGCUGGGCGGCUACUUAGACUGCAUUUGUGUCUCAAAACAGUUGAAAGUAUGAAAUAAAGAGAUUCUAGUUUGUCUUUAA